CCCCUGCCCUCCCCCUCUCCUUUUGGAUGUAUUGGUGUGGUCACGCCGCAAGUGUGUAUUCCCUGUGUGUGUAUACCGAAGGGAUCUGAUGAGUUAGCCGGUUGUCAUGGUGACGGGAGGUGGUCACAUGACCAGGAUGCUGCUCCAGGCUGUUUUGACGUCAAGCUAUAGACAGACCUAGAGAGAGAGAAGGGAAGAGAUCGAGAGCGGUCCGUGGCAGAGGAGCAGCGCGAUUACAGGCGUGAAACCGGGAGCUGCCUUUCAUACCGCAACCAGUUCUUCGCUCUCAUUAUUUUUUUCAAUCUGGUUGCAUCAGCCCUUCCCGUUAUUGGGACAGCCCCAAAUGCCGGGUCCUACCCAAACGCUGUCCCCAAAUGGAGAAAACAACAACGACAUCAUUCAGGAUAACGGGACCAUCAUUCCGUUCAGGAAGCACACGGUGCGCGGGGAGCGCUCCUACAGCUGGGGGAUGGCGGUCAACGUGUAUUCUACCUCGAUAACCCAGGAGACUAUGAGCAGACAUGACAUCAUUGCCUGGGUUAAUGACAUCUUGUGCUUAAACUACACAAAGGUUGAACAACUCUGCUCAGGUGCCGCGUACUGCCAGUUCAUGGAUAUGCUGUUCCCAGUCUGCAUAAGCCUGAAGAAGGUCAAGUUUCAAGCCAAGCUAGAACAUGAGUACAUUCACAAUUUCAAACUGCUGCAGGCUUCCUUUAAACGGAUGAACGUCGAUAAGGUGAUACCAGUAGAAAAACUGGUGAAAGGACGCUUCCAAGACAACUUGGACUUUAUACAGUGGUUUAAGAAGUUCUUCGAUGCCAACUAUGAUGGGAAAGAGUAUGAUCCCAUGGAGGCUCGGCAAGGACAGGAUGCUCUUCCACCCCCUGACCCCGGUGAACAAAUCUUCAACCUGCCAAAAAAGUCCCAUCAUGCCAACUCCCCUACGGCAGGAGCAGCUAAGUCAAGCCCAAUUGCAAAACCAGGGUCCGCGUCAUCCCGUCCUUCAUCAGCAAAGAAAGCAGCACCCAGCCCUUCAGUAAAAAGCGACAAAGAUUUGGAAACACAGGUCACACAGCUCAAUGAACAGGUACAUUCAUUAAAACUUGCCCUUGAAGGAGUUGAGAAAGAAAGAGAUUUCUACUUUGGAAAGCUGCGGGAAAUUGAGUUGCUCUGCCAGGCGCACGGACAGGAGGGCGAUGACCUUGUCCAGCGGUUAAUGGAAGUGCUGUAUGCUGCAGAGGAUCAGGAAGGCCACACAGACCAACAUGAAGGUGAAGACCAUGAGCACGGUCUGGAGGAACCACAGCAGCAAGAAGAAUACUGACCUACCCCUCCAAGCCACUUCAAUGUUACCAUUUCACAUGGACUUUCUUCCGGCAGUGCAGUGUGUGGCCACCAUGCGCUGCACACCCUUACCAUGUAAUGUACUAUAGUGAGCGCCAGCAAACCACUGCGUCCUUUACCAGUUUCUUCCCCAAGGCGUGUUUACAGAAGCGGUCCUCUGGCCCAAGCAAAACUGAAGGCCAUGGGGCUACUCUGACGCAAAUUGUACAAUUUGACGGUUACGAAAUUGUUUUGAGAUAUUUUUCCCAAUAUUUUUUUUAAUUUAUUUGCAAGCGAGCUAUCUCCUUGCUUUCCAACUGCUUUCUUAUUGUACAAUAUUUAUAUUUCCUUGUCAUGAAAAGGAGGUGUUACUAUCACGUAUCACGAAUGUAAAUCGUUAAGCUACACACAUCCCUUGUAACGUAUCAGGUUUGAUAUAAGGUUAUCCUUGUAGUUAUAUGUUGAUCUCUUUUAAGGGAUAUAUUUUAAUCCCCCCCCAUUGCCAUAUAUUAAUUGCACUCGAUCAGUGGAGAAUGAAUCACUAUUUAAUGUGCAUACGUGUAAUUUCCAGUCCUAUGCACCACUUACAUUGGUUAGAAUUUUAUCAUGUGGAUCUCAAACCAAUUUUAACUUACUUUUUUGUGGAGGUGUGCCCCCCCCCCUUAGAUCUUCCACGAUAUCGGGAUUGAUCUGUGCCGUAUAAAGCAGACAGAGCGUUGGACCCCAAGACCUCCUUUACUGUGUAUCCGUAAAAAUAAAACACCCACUUUCCAAGCUAGAGACACAGCUUUUAUUUUGUUUUUAUUGUAUUUUUUUAUUUUAAGUAAAUCGACAAUAUCAAUAUUUUUUCACUGUUAAUGGCAUUCUGGAUUUUUAUAUUUUGUUCUAGGAUUGGUCCGUUGUUACUAAGUAAAAUCUGAACUCGCAGCCUUGGCUAAUCUCACUUUGGUCUUUUGUGUAAAAUAUUAUUUUUUUUGGUAUUAACAUAAAUAUUUUAAUCUUGCGUUUCUAAUAAAUUACUGCACUGGAUUUUUUUUUAAUGAUUGUUGGAAUCCAAUUAUAGAAAAUCGUCUGGCUGAUUGUAAUGGCAGCGCAAUAACAAUUAAUUAUCUGAAAUCCAGAGACGGCAAUACUAAUGACCCUCUUCAUUGAACAAAUAGAUGUUUAGUGUUCUGCACCGACGUUUGUUCAAUAUGCUCAGCCGCAGUGGCCCUCCGGCUAUUGUUGGAUUACAGCCGCCGGCCUGCUCGGAGCUUGCUGGGUGUUGUACUCUUAACAAGUGUCCCUGAGCUGAGCUGCUAGGGCUUAAAGCUUAAGGACUUCGGUUUAAGCAUAUGUUGUAAUCCUGACACCCGCAUCAAUUGCAAUACCUUGGAGUUGGUCUGCUUUAAAAUCCCAAGACACAAACUUUUACCAGCUCGUUUAACAUGCAGUGUUUAUAAAAUGUCUAUCAAAUCAGCAUUACAUCAUUGUAAUUUCCGUCUUAUUUAUUAUAUAUAUAUCUCCGCAGAUAAAUACAAAACUAUACAAACUGGCAAUGAGUAGUAAUCAUGUUGCAUUUUAAGUAAUAUUGGAUAGAUCUGAUGAUUUGCAGUUGAACAAAAGCAAACAUAUUGCCGAUUUGGAGUUUUAGUACAGGAGCUAACAAUUAAAUUGGGAGUUUUUGUUUUCAUGUUUUAUUACGCAGCUUUGUUCAGAUUACAAUUUUUCAUUCUGAUGUCAUUGUUUUUACUGGGUAACACAGCAUAAAAAUAUAUAUAUGAAAUGUAAACUGAAAGGAAUGUAAACGUGUAUUGUUGAAUAUAAAGACAAGAAAUGAUGUCCCGAUUUAGAUGGAAAAAAAGUCUUAUUCAGAUGUAUUUCAUUCGUUUUUCCGUACCCACAAUUUGUCGCAUGGUAGAGUAGUUUUUUUUUCUGUCUAUGACUAUGUGAAUAUAUUGCGUUUAUCUUUUUACAUAUUUAAUAAAAAGGUAUAUGUUACAAAAAACAAAGCAAUUUUACCAACUGCUCAACUGGGUGGAAAUUGUUAUCUCUGCUGUUAAAGCACCAGGUUCGUUUGUUCAAGGCAUUCGCCGUAUUAAAGUUUGGGACUAUAUGUGGGGGUCUAAAAACAUGUCAUUGUGACCAGUCUGCUUUAAAGAGGAAUGAACGAUGAAUAAACAGAAAACACACCCUGAAACAAAA